AUGACCUUCAACACCACUAGGGAUGGCCUUAGGCAGUUCACUAUCCAGAGUAGUCAUCGAUACCAAGAUGAUUGGCUCCAGCUCCGCGAAGAUGAUGAGUACCAUGGUAUCCUCCACGAGUUCCCUGAGUCUGGCCCUUGUGCCUAUCGUGGUAAUCUCGAGUUCGCGAUGCGAUGCGAUGUGAAAGCCGAACGACUCUAUUGA